UCUUUCAUGACGAUCGAUCAUCGUCGUAUACAGAAGCUCCUCUCGCGAUAAAGCAAACUCCAGCGGAUCGAUAAAUCAUGUCAUUCUGUAAUCUAAUGGAGACUCUUGUUGCUCUCUUUCUCCUCUCCCUCUUCGGCCUCUCAAUGGCUGAAAUCCCGAACAAGAUUGGCGUAAACUACGGGAUGCUUGGAAAUAAUCUGCCAUCACCAGCCCGAUCCAUUGAGCUCAUCCAAUCGAUGAAGUUCAGCAGGGUAAAGCUCUAUGAUGCCAACCCUGAAGUCCUGAAUUUGUUAUCAGGGACAAAGCUCCAGGCUUCCAUUAUGGUCCAAAACCAUGAAAUCUCAGGAAUCGGUUCGAGCCAGGCGAUAGCUGAUGAAUGGGUCCGGAACAAUGUCCUCCUGUACUACCCCGAUACAAUUAUCUCUUUCAUCCUUGUGGGGAAUGAAGUCCUGAGCUCCACUUUGGACCAAGACCGUGAAUUGUGGCGGGACCUUGUGCCUGCAAUGAGAAGGAUUAGAGCUUCCCUUAGGGCGAAAGGUAUCCGCACCAUCAAGGUCAGCACUCCACUGGCAAUGGAUGUGGUGGAGUCGACUUUUCCACCUUCGAGCGCGAAGUUCCGGUCUGAUAUUUCCGAGUCUGUAAUGGAACCUCUGCUCCGGUUCUUGAAUGGAACGAGAUCGCACUUCUUCGUGGAUGUGUACCCCUACUUCCCGUGGUCCGGCGACCCCACCAACAUAGACCUUGAUUUUGCGCUCCUUCAAGGGAAUUACACGUACACCGACCCUGGAAGCAGAUUAGUCUACACCAAUUUGCUUGACCAAAUGCUCGAUUCCAUAACAUUUGCAAUGUCUAAGCUUGGCUAUGAGAAGAUCCCGCUUGUGAUAGCUGAAACAGGAUGGCCAAACGGCGGGGACCUUGACCAGUCAGGAGUCAAUGUGCAUAAUGCCGCAAUCUAUAACCGUAACCUGAUCAAGAAAUUGACAGCCAAGCCACCAAGUGGGACACCAGCACGGCCCGGGGUCAACAUUCCGACAUUCAUCUUCUCUCUGUACGAUGAGGACCAAAAAACAGGUCCAGGGUCGGAGCGGCACUGGGGACUACUGCAUCCAAAUGGAACGUCCAUUUACGAAAUCGAUCUCACAGGAAAGAGGCCAAUUUCCCAGUACAAAUCGUUGCCAUUGCCCACCAAUAACGAACCAUGCAAGGGGGAGUUGUGGUGUGUGGUAGCUAGGGAAGCAAACUUGACGGAGCUCAGGUUAGCGAUAGAGUAUGCCUGCGCAAGUGGGAAUGGGACGUGCGAUGCACUUAUGCCAGGAGGGGAGUGCCAAGAGCCAGUUUCAGAAUAUCUGCGGGCGAGCUACGCGUUCAGCUCGUUCUGGGCUCGGUUCAGGAGUCAGGGGGCCACUUGCUAUUUCAAUGGACUUGCUGAGCAGACCACUUCAAAUCCAAGUCGUGGAUCCUGCAAGGUCCCGAGCGUUACGUUUUGAAGAUGAGGAGAUCAAAUCAAGUCUAUAAUUAGUUUCCUUCUAAUCUCUAGAAUGAAAUCUUCAACAAAACUAUGUGGAUGUACUUAUUGGCUAUAUGUAUACAUUAAAUGGAGGAAGAAUGAUUUAUUUUAAUUAGUUUUGUGUUACUAUCGC